GUGCCGCCGCUGCUUCUCGCAUGUACGUGGAUGCAAUCAGCAAACUGGCACGACAGGCUCAACAAGGGACUUGGGGCGGCUCUUCUGACAUCGGUGCAGCACUUCUGAAAAUUGUGGAAGUUUACAAAGAAAUUCAGGACCAACAAAUGAACAUUCUCAAGGCGUUUUAUGUUGAUCUUCUAGUACCUCUCGAGACAAACUUAGAGAAAGACACAAAGGUUGUUCAGUCGGAGCAGAAACGAUUUCUACAACAACAUAAACAACGCUCCGAGACGUACAGCAAGGCAGCUGCGAUGAUGAAGAAACAAAGGAAGAAAUCUAGAGGGUCCACUAAAACCGGACUGGCCAUGGAUAAAGAACUUAAGGUAAUAGUAGUUUCGCUUUAUAGUGCCAUGACACAGGAGAGAAGAAGAUAUGGAUUCGUUUUGGAGAGACAGUGUUCUUUGUCAAAACACUACCUCUCCUAUUAUAGCCAUGGUGUUGACGCCUAUCAAGAAAAUAUCGAAAAAUGGUCAGAUGUAGCAAAAACAAGAGAAUAUCUACCAGAAGCAGUUGAAAAUAUCUUCAGUAACAGACUAAGG